UCCAGCAAAGCCAUGCCUCAGCAUCUUCGAGAGAAACCCGUAACGACUGCAUCACAUAUGUUGUAAAAUACUGUAAAACACCUUGUUUUCAGUUCCCUGUCAAAGAUGGGCGACAUCAGUGAAGCGUCCUUGCUGGAUUAUAUCUGUUCUUCUGGAGGAAAAGUCAAAAAUUCAGAUCUGUCCAAAACAUAUAAGCAUUUUAUAAACCAUAGCGAUUUGCAACUACGUGCCAAAUACAGAGAAGAGUUCAAACUCAUCAUUGAUAGAAUUGCAGUGGUGAAAUCUGAGAAUGGAGAGAAAUAUCUUGUCCUCAAGAAGAAGUAUAGACAGCAAAUGCAAGAGCGAGAGUCUGGUGCUGGAAAGGGAGGAAAAUCAAUCAACAGGUUCAUCCAAACCCACAAAAUGAUCUCCAGGUCUCCAAUCCAGUGCAGAACUGUAACCCAACAGCUCAGAAAUCGGCACUGGUGGCCUGGUGCUCAGGACCCAUCAGUAGAGGAGAAACCAGAGGAGCUUUCAGCCUCAGACAGAGAAGAUGAACUCGACAAGGAUUCAGGGUCAAAGAGUGAAUCCGAGCAGGAUGAGGAGUGUGGAGGAAGUUUGGGAUUCACCGCUGUGGCUCUGGAUCCUCUUGAGAAAGAGUGGAUCUUCUCGGCAGCAAGUGGCAAACUGUCUCACCUCGCUCAGCUCCUGAAACAAGACUCUUCCCUGGCCAAUAAAAAGGACUUCACCUCUGGGUUUACAGCGCUGCACUGGGCUGCGAAACACGGUAAAGAAGACAUGACCACAAUGUUGGCAGAAGCAGGGGCUGACAUCAAUACAAAAGCACAGGGAUACACACCUUUACACAUUGCAGCACUGCACGGGCAUCGACAUAUAUUUGACCUGCUGGUCAGGACAUAUGGAGCAAAGGAGAAUUUGCGGGACUACAGCGGCCACAUAGCAUAUCAUUACCUCAGUUUACGGGAGACAAGAUUAGAAGACCAUGAGCUAUGUGACAUGAGGGUGUUUAGUCCAUUCAGACAUGUGGCACAUGUGGAAAGAGCAGCACUGAAGAUGUUUUCCACAUUAGCGCAAGCAUGUGGUUUCUCUGAAUCUACGGGGUGCCUCGUGGAUCAAUUCUGGACUUUGUGUCUUCACCUUAUUUGUCCUUCCAGUGUGUUAUUUCAUGCACAGUGUGGUCUUCUUCUUAACACUGCUUUGAUGUUUGUUCUCCAAGCUGAAGUCAGCGAGUGCCACAGUCUAACCCAGGCCGGCGAGCGCAGGAACAGGAAGAUCACCUCAUUAUUUCACUCUAUGAAGAAGUGGGGUGCAGCAGAGGAGCUAGCGCCCGUGCCGGAGGAGAGGACUGUUGCUCAUCAGCUAAUGCUGCCUGCGUUUAGACCCAGAAAGUUCUCACGGUAGACUGCGUGAAGUCCAAACAUCCUCAGUAUCGCUUUAGUGCCACGUGAAUAGUUUACAGAUGAAAACGCACUUUGCUGCUUUUUUCGAACAAAUAGUAUGAUUUAGUUGUAUUCACAUUUAAGUAGCUUUUUAGCUUAAUAAUUAGCAUUUGUGGUGUUAUGCCACAGCAGUGUGUGAUAUUCGGUAAGUGUGAUGUCUUAUUUUCUCUGCUAAAGGUUUACAAUUUUCAUUAAGCAAUGAAAAGGUACAUUUUAAAAUACCUGUACAUCAUAUGAUCCCAAGGUUUUACAAGAACUCCGUUUCACUAAAUAUGUCAAUGCUAAAGUUCUAUCUUGAAUAGAGACCAACUUCAGCUUUAAUUUGCCUUAUCUUCACCUUACAUAACUUAAAAGUCAGAACCACUGUUUAUGGCUCUGUGAGAAUGUUUUUCAUCCUUAAAGACAACAAAAUAAAA